AUGAAAAGCGCGUCAGCCUUCCCCAAGUUAAGCGGGGAUACAAAAGGCAAGGAUAUCUUAAUAGAGAAUACUGUCUUAUCGGACUACUUCCCUCAACUUUGGGACUCCGUUAUUGCUAAACAAUAUGGUUGCGCACAGAAACCUUCGGAUUUCACGUUGUACGAGCCCCAGCCUGGGGAACUAACAGAGCAUCGUUCUGACAGGGACUUUGAGAAGAAAGACGUUAAGUCUAUCCAUCUGCCUUUUGGGGAUGGAGGGACAACUGUGAGCUUGACAUAUAGGGGUGAGUGUAUGCAGAUAUCGCGAUAUCUGGGCUGUGGCCAGUCGUCUAUUUUUUCGAUUGAGCAUGAAUCGCUCCCCGUGCCCUUCUUGGCUUCCCGUCGCAAUAAGACGUUUACGCAUAUGCAGCGUAUUGGAUAUGGCUUUGGUCUAGGCCUAGAAGUCCCGACACAAAACCAUGACCUGCGAAUACAGUGGCUACGCAGUCGUUGGCCUCGCUUGACAAGUGAGGCAGAGGGGUGGAAACUCGAACAGCAAUGGGCUGUUAAAGAAGGUGUUGUGAUAGCACACUCCCGACUGCAUAAUAAGAGCAACUGCAACUCUAUCAGCACAUCUCUCGCAAAGGACCUUGGUUUUCGUAUCAGAGAACUAGACUUCGUCAGUCGAGACUGUCCGUUUAACGAUGAUGACAAUGACGACCAGCGUUACGCAGAAGGUGCUGGACCUGGCGGAUACGGGUUUGUCAAAAUCCAUGAGUUUGCAUCGAAAGGUCUAUGGGCAUAUCGCCACAAAGCAAGACGCACAGAAGCAAAUGACGCUGAACAGCCCCGCCAGCCUGACGGUGUGACCGCAGUGGUGGGAUUCUUUGUGAACGGAGAGCCGUGGACAAUAGACCGGAUUGAGACAGAAGACAUACAAAUCAAGCCAAAGGGCUAUACAGACUUAGUUGUGGGUUACAGAUUGGCUCUCAUUUCGAAGCAAGCAGACAAUCGCGCUCUUCUUACAUUGACGGCUAAGGAUUUGGACGUCAACGAAUAUUUCAGGCGAACGAUAGGGGAGGGAACCACGGACUCCGAAACCGCAUACGAGAUGCUUGCUUGGGCCAUCUCCGAUGGGUAUUCUUAA